ACCCCACAAGUCACAGUGCCCUCCCUAGUCCUUACAAGUAGCCAUCAUUUCUCUCUCACCCCCUCCACUUCCUAAAUUUCCCCCAAACCACAUUUUCUCUCUCUCUUUUUUUUUUUUUCCUCACACCCCAAUACACCAUAUUGAUCAAAUUAAGAAACAACAGCUAGCGUUACUACUGCAAAAAAAAAAGUAUUUCAAACUGGCGAUCGACAAUCAAGAAACCCCAAUCCGUGAAAUCAAGCCUAAAAAUAGGCGUAUCAUGGGACCUGAUGAGGAUGACAAUAGGUGGCCUCCAUGGUUGAAGCCAUUGUUGAAUGAACGAUUCUUUGUUCAAUGCAAGUUACAUGCUGAUUCUCACAAGAGUGAAUGUAACAUGUACUGUCUUGACUGUAUCAAUGCCCCUCUCUGCUCUCUCUGCUUAGCCCAUCACAAGGAUCAUCGUGUCAUUCAGAUAAGGAGGUCAUCAUACCACGAUGUGAUAAGGGUGAAUGAGAUUCAGAAGUAUUUAGACAUUUCUUCAGUUCAAACAUACAUUAUCAACAGUGCUAAGGUGGUUUUCUUGAAUGAAAGGCCACAACCUAGGCCAGGCAAAGGUGUGACCAAUACUUGUGAUGUAUGUGAAAGGAGUCUUCUUGACUCCUUCAAAUUCUGCUCACUUGGUUGCAAGAUUGUUGGUACCUCAAACAAUUUCGUGAAGAAGGCAAAGAAUUCACAAGAGAAGAAGAGGUCACCGGUGAAGGCAUUGGAAUCAGAAGACUCUUACAGCAGUAGCAGUAGCCAGGGCCGACUUAACAAGAUUAAGAGUUUCACUCCGUCAACGCCCCCUCCAACUUCUGCUAAUUACAAAACGUCCAAACGUAGAAAGGGAAUUCCUCAUCGUGCCCCAACAGGAGGACUAUUCAUAGAGUAUUAGCAUUUGGAUCUCUAGUCCUUUAAUUUACAUCUAAAAUGCAUAACGUCUAUACUAAUACAACCUAGUUUAUCAAGAAUCCAUCAGACACUAGUGCUUUCUCCAAAAAAGGCCAGUGUUUUAGGGCUCUUUAGUCCAUAAGAGCAGUAUUGUAUAUAGUUGUUAGGAUGAAAUAGGAUAUGAUGAUGAUAAAUUGGAGGUGCGAAGUUGGAAAUAAGACAAUGUGUAAGGACUUAAAGGACUAAUAAGUCUAAAUUAGAAGUUAGGCUUGGAAAAUAAGCUGCUAUAGUCUAUAGUGUUUGAUGAACUACUUGUUUUGGCUAUAUAGAUUGUUUAUACGUAAGUUCUGAAUGUCUCUUUGAACAUGUGUAAUCUAAAAUGUAAAUAUAUUGUGUUUUGGUUAGAAUACUUAAA